GUUAGAUCUAUAUUAGUCUAUUUAUUAUAAUACUUAUUAAAUCCAAUGUCUCCAGUUAAUGUAAUAGAGUGCAGAAGCUAGUAAUACUAUCGAGGAGCACAUAUUCUUCUAAACGGAGUUUAAUGCGGAUAAGAAUUCGUUACAUUUCGGUUUCAAACCAGACAUGAUGAGCAUUUUGAAGUUCGUCGUGGUUUUGUUCAUCCUAAGAGUAUCUUCUUAUACUAGAGCAAGCGUUUUCCCAGACGGAAGUAUAUUAUGGACUGACAACAGUAACAGCAUCUACAGCACUAAUCAGACACAAGGAUGGAUCUCGGAUCCCGGAUUAUCUUUCAACCUGAGUAGUGUGCGGUUGAAUGGGCUGAUCACAGGGUAUGGCCUGGCAGUAGAUACGCAUGCCCAACAAGUGGUUGUUAGCGAUCCAGGCGACACAUUUCUGGCGAUAUUUAAACCCGAUAAUACAACUGCAUCGUUUUUCUACGUCGGUACAUCAAAAGGAGUGGGUCAAGUGACGAUAGACUGGCGUGCGCGUAACGUAUACUGGGCAGACGGCGGAUACGGCUGGAUAGCUAUGAAACCGCUGCCUGAAGACAUAUCUAGACACAACUCACUGGAUACCACGAUGAAAGUGGUCGUUGACCAACAGCUCGACACUCCAACAGGGAUUGUUGUCCACCCACAUGCCUACUAUCUGUUUUGGGCCGACGCCGGGAAGCGGCCAAAAAUUGAGAGGUCAGACUUGACCGGAAAUAACAGGAGUGUAAUUAUUUGGCAGAGCCUUAUAACCCCGCGGGCACUUGCCAUCCACCAGCAUGGUAAUGGUGACAAACUCUUCUGGACGGAUGAGGACAGGGGAACCAUCGAGUUUUGUAACCUUGAUGGCACUGGGAGGAAUAUAUUAAUUUCGAUUGAUUUAUUUCGCUUCUUUGGUCUAGAUAUUUUCCAGGGAGUUGUCUUUUAUACAGCUUACACACAAAGUUCAAACUACACUGGAUAUAUCAAGAUAAAUAACACGGACACACAGUCUUACAGGACAUUAGACAAGCGAAUGUACCACCUGUCGGUUUAUGACAAAGCAUCCCAGCCCCGUGAAGAAACGGGAGAAAGAUGCGAUAGCUCUUUUACUAAUUGUAGCCAAAUAUGUAUACACGAAGAUGAUGUUGGAAACCAUGCAUGUCUAUGUUUAGAUGGCUACCAGCUUGACAAUACCCGAGGAAAACUAUGUUCAGAUAGAGGCUACAACGUCGAGAGGCAUCUGUUGUUCACAAACUAUCACUCUAUUUGCGCUAUCGCCAUCAACGCUUUUACCAUCCACGACAAAUUUAAAUCUUUUCCUUACAACUGCAGUGUUGUCCAAAAUUCGCACGGUAAUAUUACCAGAUUCUCUCUUGAUAUGGCGGGAAGGAAAAUAUUCUUCUCGAACGGUACACAUAUUUUCGAGCAAACCCCAUUUCACAAUGAUUUUCGCAUCGUUUACUCGACUGAAGGAUCAACAGCGGUAACAGAUAUGGAUUUUGACUGGAUAUUACACCGCUUGUAUUGGAUUGAAAGUAGUUCCGGCGCAUUACUUUCGAUUCAGCCUUACGAAAGUAGCUCCACCGUUUCACUUAAGACCCUUUCAAGUGAUGGUAUAAUUACAAAUCUAGCUGUUGACCCUCAUCAAAGAAACAUUUAUUUCGUUACGAGAGGGAAUAAUGGGCAAUACCUUUACGUUUACGAUUUAGCGAAUGAGGCCGUCAGUCAAGUUGAAGCUAGCCAUUUACAAAUGCCUACUGAUCUUGAAUACGACCGGCUGCAAGAGAGAUUAGUUUGGAACGAUGAUGGGGGUUUUAUUGGAUUUCUGGCACUGGGUGAUAAACAACAGAUCCCCACUCAAAAUUCGGCUGGGGACAAAAGAAGACAUGCGGUUAUCCCUUACAAGAAGUUUGUCUUUUCUUCCACCGAGGAGGACCGCCAAUUCGACGUGUUAUAUGAAGGCGACAACUCACUUAUCUACGUGUCAUUUACAGGGAUAUAUGACACUUUUGUCCAUGAUAUGCAUGUGUAUGAUGAAACUUUACAACCCUCUGAAACAGGUCCUUGUGAUGUAAAUAAUGGUGGAUGCGAACAUUUCUGUCUUCCCCAUUCUACCGAAAAAUGCGCUUGCAAGUUGGGCUACACUUUAUCGAACGGAAAAGAGUGUAUUACAAGUGCUUUAAAAUCAGAUUUUUUCAUAGUACUUGACCAGGUUCAUGGUAGACUCUACCAGGCAACCAACGACGCAACCGGCCCUUCAGAUGUGUUCGCUCUUGAGAUCAACGAAAACAAUUCUCCGGCAGCCCUUGCGUUUGACAGCAACACCAACACAAUGGCAUGGGUGGAUAAUUCUGUUCCAAAGACGGUGCGAACAAUGACUAUUGGGGGAACCGAGGAAAGAAAUUUGGAUGUUCUUGUCAAAAGUGACGGGUACUUAGCCAUUGAUUCUUCAACUGGGAACGUGUACGUGUUGACGGGAAACAUAAUAUCCGUAGUGAACAAGCAUGGGAAAACACACAUCCUUAUUGACAAGUCAGCAGACAGGUCCAUCGAAAUGAAAACUAUUGCUCUUCUUUCGUCACAAGGAAAAAUGGCGUGGAUUGAGGAGAAGCGUACGGACAGACAAAAACGAACGGUUAACCGGGCAAAUAUGGAUGGUACAAAAAUUCGCGAAGUCAUUCAGUCGGGGAUAAUUACAGACAUUGCUUUUGAUACAGAGACAGGUGAUUGGUUAUACUGGUCUGAGGAAACCGUAGAUAAGGUUAGAAGAGUUCAUCUAGAAGACGGCACACAGGAAACGGUUUACGAGGCAGGAGGUCUCAAUCCUAUUGCUUUGGAUGUGGCGGGAGAGUUUGUGUACUUUGUUCCACGAGCUGGAAGGAAAAUCUAUCGAAUCCCACAUGCCUCUUCUAGUGGUCAUCAACUCGUGUUCGAGAAUCCUUUGCUUGGGUCUCUCAAUAAUUUCUUCGUUUCGCAUUCGGCCGGUACAGUACAACCUCAUUCGAGCUGCGCCGAUUGCAAUGGCGGUUGCAGCGAUAUAUGUCUGCCUGACAGUCCGAAUGGACGCACUUGCGCGUGUGACGACAGCGAUGAGCAAACGGAUGACACAAAUUGUAAAAGGACCUCCCGAUGUCCUGUCAUGAAGGAGGAGUCUAUAUCCGCUCUGACGGAUUGUUGCCCCCAACAACCAGACGCUCUAUGCUUAGUCACGUGUGCAAACGGGUUCAUACCUGCGUCUCCCUUCAAACUCAAAUGUCAACCUACAGGAUGGAAUGCGUCAUUAGGUGCUGUUUGUUCAGAGGUUCCAAAUCCACUACCAUUCAUUGCCAUAGCAGCGGGUGGUGGCGGAGCGGUGUCAGUAAUUGUCUUUAUAAUCGUCGUCGUAUGCAUCUGCCGCAGGAAAGGCAAACGAUUAAAGGAAGACAAUGACGACUCUCGCUACACGACCACAACCAGCCUUGGCACUGUCAGUAAUGGUCAGCUGGUCAUGGAUAGCGACCGUCAUGGUUACAGCACAGCGGCGGACACUGCUGGUCCGACAAGCACGGCAGAACCUCCCAGGCGACUCACCGAAGACGAGCAAGCAGAUGGCGGUGUGUAUCAUGACCUGGAUGAGGCUGCAAUGGCGGCCAAGACGGUUGAACUCCCUGAUAAAAGUACUGUGGAAAAGCAUCGACGCAAAAACAGCUAUCAGGCUUUUCCUCAAUCCGCGGACGCCACAUAUCUCCACGCUUCGCUUGAAAAUGGCGUUCCGAGGCCUGAUUAUCCUUAUCCAUCAAAAGGGUAUCCUUAUAAUGGACCGAAGGGUCCUGCAAGUGAUGCUGACGAUUACCUUUUGCCAAGCAGUGGUUCAAGAGCUAGUGCUGGAAUAUCAGACCGACAAAUGAGUAUUGGCUGGCAGGAGGCCAUUGAAAAUCCAAUAAGAAUGUCGAAAAACGGGGCAGUGUAUUUCGAUCCCAGUAAUGGCCAACACACGCACGUGUCUCUUAACGGUGAAGCACCUGUUGCGCAUGCGCGUGGAUUCCAUACUGGAACAGGAAGUGGGUGGACAGGAUGGUCCGAUCGAUCCGAUAGUAGAUCCGGUAGUAGUGAUGCUUCUGCUUAUAACACCCGAAUUAUUUCGCGGCCAUAAUCAGAAACCAAUCCAAAACAAAAUUAUAUGUGGGUCUGUUUAUUGUGUGUAUGUUGUGUACUACUCGGUUAAACGGAUGCGUAUAUAACUUGCUUCCAGAAACGGUGCACACGCUGUUUGUUAUUUUAAGGUCGAAACAAAUGCAAGAAUGUCAAAACAUUCAUUACACAAAUUUAACCAUAUCAAAAAUAGUGAAUUAGCAAGAUUCUGAAAUAAGGGAUUAAGGAUGUUCUGAGAAACUGGGGCCUGCUAAACCCAUACAAAAGAAGUUACUGGUUUUGCAUCUGACCUGUAAUGUUACUUACAUGAACUAUUGAAUCAUCAUUCUUUCCAUGCCAACAAUCAUAUUGUGAAACAAGUUUCAAGUUUAUUUAACAUCACUCAUGUCAUAAGUACAUGACAAAAAGAGCAUGGGUACAUAUACAAUACAACAUAAUGAGGCAUUACAAAAUAUAUUGGACAUAAUAAUACAGAUUUUCUAAAUAUGAGUAUUUUUUAUGUUAUUGAGACUUUAAUAUCAAACAUAUAUAAAUAUAUGUGGAGGAGAACAUAGUGUUACAUUCUUAUACUAAAUUUGUUAACAAUACACUUGAAGAAUUUACAUAAUUUUAUGAAUUUCAUAUAAUCAUUGGGAUUGAUAUUCAUAAUAUCUUUAAAUUUCAAAACAUUAGGAUAUCGGUAUAAUUGUCUGUCAAUAAAUCUUAUUCUAUAUUCGGCAAAAUAGCUACAUUCUAAUAAAUAAUGAAAUUCAUCACCAAUACUGUUUUUAUCACAAAGUUCGCAUUUUUUAUCAUUCAGUUCUAUAUUUUUCCAGCUUCCUACUUCAAUUGGUAGUCUAUUAUUUCUUGUUCUGAAUUUUACUAAAUAUUUUAAAAACUUAGCAGGUGUUUUAACUAAAUAUUCUUCGAAUUCAAAAUUCUCUUUAAACAGUCUAUAGCUACAACAUUUUCUUGACGUAUUUUAAGUAGAAUACCACUCGUUUUUGAAAAGAUCAGAUAAUUUCAUUUGAACGGAUCUUUUAAGCUAUAAUAUGUUUGGGAACUCAUGACUUUCCCAAAUAUUAUUCAUACCACAUUUAAUAAAUAUGUUUCGUAUAUGUUCUAUCCAUUGAAAUUCAUUGUUUCUAAUUCUAUUGUCAUACAUAUAUCUACUUAGCAUAACAUAAUAAACAGAUACUGGAAGUUUUGUACAGUGUGGGGCUAUCAGCUUUGACCAAUAACUGAUCAUUUGAGUAUCAAUAUCUAUUUGCAAUGGCUUUACACCGGUUUCGCCAUAUACCAUACAGUUUGGUGUACUACUUUUAAUAUUUAGUACAUACUUAUAAAAUUUAAACUGUACUUUUUCUAAAAUAUGAUUAUUUCCGUAGCCCCACACUUCACAUCCAUAUACUAAAAUUGGUUUUACAAUUUUCUUAAACAAAUCAAUAUUUAGGUCAAUAGGUACACAUAAUGUUUUUGCUUUUUUUUAAAUAGACUAAACAUGGCCUUUGUUGCUUGCUUUGCAAUAUGUUCUUUAGCUUUACAAAAGAAACCACUUCUACCAAAUAUCACUCCUAGAUAUUUAUACUCAGACACUACAUCAAUUUUAGCAUUACAAAGAGUGAACUCGUAUCUAGGCAAUCAACCUCUGGAAAAAAUAAGAAUUUUGGUUUUUGAAGUAUUGACUGUGAGUCUAUUUUCGUUACAAUAAUUUUCGUAUACAUGUAGAGCAUUUUGUAAAUCGUCAGCACUUUCUGAAAUGAUAAUUGUAUCGUCAGCAUACAGCAGUACACACAAUUUUAAGAAAUCUAUUAAUCUUUGAUCAUCGUCGUGUUUUGUAAUAAUCAAGCCAUUAACAACUGUGCUAUUUUGAAAAUUAGUCAUGUAGAUCAUUUACAAAAAACGAAAACAAUAAGGGGGAUAAACUUUCUCCUUGUCUGACCCCUAUACAACAUGGGAAGUAGUCCGAGCAUGUUCCAUUUACUCGAACACAACUUUUGGCCUUUUCGUUCAUAUUUUUUACAACAUUAAAAAACUUUCCAUGAAUACAAUAGUUCUCUAAUUUUAACCAUAGCAAACUUCUAUUAAUAGAAUCAAAUGCAGCUUUCAGAUCUAUGCACGCACAGAAUAGCUUUUUGCGUGAGACAUGCAGAUAAUCUAUAAGCAUUUUUAAUACGAACAUAUUAUCAACUGUCGAGAACGUAGGUCUGAAACCAGCUUGAAUUUUACUUAUCAGAUCAUGUUUUUCAACAUAUUUCAAAAGUCUAUUAUUAAGUAUCAAUGUAAAUAACUUCCCGAAGCAACUGAGCAGCGUUAUUGGGCGAUAAUUGGCCGGGUCAGACACGUCUCCUUUAUUCUUAUAUAUAGGAUUAAUGACACCGACAGUCCAAUCAUCUGGAAUAAUGCCUGUGCUUAACACAAUAUUGAACAAUUUAUGAUACAUAUCUUUCAUAAGAUCGAAAGAAUAUUUCAAAUAUUCAUUUACAAUUUUGUCUGCACCUGACGCUUUGCUAUUUUUCAGUUUCUUAAUUGCCAUUUCUAUUACUUGAAAGGAAAUUUCAUCGUUAAGCAUAUUGUCAUCAAUGUUUAUAUUUGCAUUUGUAUUAUUUAUGUUUUGUUCAUUACCUUCGCCAUCUCCAUGAGCAUUUGAAUCACUGUUGAUAUUUUUAAAAUAAUCAUACAUUUCGCCUAGUGUUGCGUUACAACUAUUAGAUUUGUUAGAGCUCAAAAAUUUCCAAAAUUGUUUUGGAUUAGAUUUACUCAUUUUCUUCAAUUUAUCUGCAUUUGCCUUUUGAUAACCUUUAUAAGUUUUAUACAAUGAACAUCAGAGUACAUACAACAGAAAUCAUUGACACACAAAUCUACAACAUUCUCAAACAAAGUUGGACUACACACAAAAUAAUCCACAGCGCUUACAUUUUUACAAGUCGUACUACCGUUUAAAUCGCUUGGGGUACGGCCAUUCAAAAAGGGAACAAAGGGAUCACAGCAAUACACUAGUAUACUGUAGAAAACAUAAGCAGGAUUGAAAAGGACCAAUUUCUAGAAACCUUUAAAUCCAUAAUCGUCAUGGUAACCAGCUUCUAUAUUAUAGAUAAUCUAGUAUAGUGUUAUGCAGAUUGUACUCAAGACAUACGCGAUAUCAUCUGGCCAUGGUGUUGACUGUGUUCUUAUCAUACAUCUUUGCAUUAUCAUAUUACAGUGUAUACUGUAAAACAGUUAAUUGUGAUAGAAAUGUUUUUGAAAAUGUAUAUAUAUAUAUAUUGAUCUUGAAAAAGAUGUGGUCGAAUUACACACGUAUAUAUUUGUGUUUGUUUGUUUGAAUGUAACAUUAUAUAUAAUAUAUACAUGUAUGUAUUGCAAAUAUGACUGCUAUGUGACAUAUUAUCAUUCUAAUUUUGCAUGUAUAAAGUCUUCAACUGGGAUUUUCCUUCUGGCUAGAAAACGAUUCCUUUAAACUGUAUUCCUCCUGUUUCCAUUAAACAGAUGCAUUUCUAUGCUUGUAUGUAUAAAUUGUUAUAUUGUAUAAUUUAACCAUCAAAAACACUCUAUAAAACACA